CGGGAACCACUUCCGGUGCAAUUAGCUGUGGGAGCGGGCGGGAAGCGGCCGUGAGAGGGAGCGGGCCGGGCCGGGCUGGGCACCCGCCAUGUGAGAGACCCCGACACUCCCAGAUUACGUUCUACAUCAAUAGAAAUGGACAGCAGCAGUUUCAUUCAGUUUGAUGUUCCCGACUACAGCAACACUGUUCUGAGCCAAUUAAAUGAGCUUCGUCUGCAAGGGAAGCUAUGUGACAUAAUUGUGCAUAUUCAGGGUCAGCCAUUUAGAGCCCAUAAAGCUGUUCUAGCUGCCAGUUCUCCAUAUUUCCGUGAUCAUUCAGCAUUAAGCACCAUGAGUGGCUUAUCAAUAUCCGUUAUUAAAAACCCUAAUGUCUUUGAACAGUUACUUUCAUUUUGUUACACUGGAAGGAUGUCCUUGCAGCUGAAGGAUGUUGUUAGUUUUCUAACUGCAGCUAGCUUUCUACAGAUGCAGUGUGUCAUUGACAAGUGCACACAGAUAUUGGAGAGUAUCCAUUCAAAGAUCAGUGUUGGUGAUGUUGACUCUGUCACUGUUGGUGCCGAAGAAACUCAAGAAAGCCAUAAUGGGGUAAAAGAUAGCAGCUACUUUGCCAAUCCUGUCGAAAUAUCUCCUCCUUAUUGCUCUCAGGUGCCACAACCAACUGCGGGUAGUGAUCUAAGGAUGGAAACUACUACAGGGAAAAUUUUACGCAGUCGUCUGCACGAAGAAGGGCACUCAGAUCGAGGAAGCAGUGGAAGUGUCUCUGAAUAUGAAAUUCAGAUUGAAGGUGAUCCUGAGCAAGGGGACCUGAUAGUAAGGGAGAGCCAGAUUGCAGAGGUGAAGGUUAAAAUGGAAAAAUCUGACCGGCCAAGUUGUUCUGAUAGCUCCUCACUUGGUGAUGAUGGAUACCAUACUGAAAUGGUUGAUGGAGAGCAAGUGGUUGCAGUAAAUGUUGGCUCCUAUGGAUCUGUAUUACAACAUGUUUAUUCAUUUUCCCAUGCCUCAUCCCAGGCUACUAGCAUGUCUGAAACCUUUGGAAGCCUGAGCAAUUCAAGUCCUUCAAGGUCCAUGCUGAGUUGUUUCAGAGGAGGUCGUGCACGCCAAAAACGGGUAUCCUCUGGUCACUUACAUAGUGAUGUUCAGGGCUUAAUGCAAGGGGCUGAUGGUGAGACCACAGUGAGUAACCCAGGAUAUGAAAGCAGUCCACGGGAAAGAAAUGCGAGAGGUCAUUGGUAUCCAUACAAUGAGAGGUUAAUUUGUAUUUACUGUGGAAAGUCUUUCAACCAGAAAGGGAGCCUUGAUCGACACAUGCGAUUACACAUGGGAAUUACCCCUUUUGUGUGCAAGUUUUGUGGGAAGAAAUACACACGCAAGGACCAACUUGAGUAUCAUAUUCGUGGCCACACGGAUGAUAAACCUUUCCGCUGUGAGAUCUGUGGGAAAUGUUUUCCUUUCCAAGGGACGCUAAAUCAGCAUUUAAGAAAAAAUCACCCUGGGGUAGCAGAAGUAAGAAACAGGAUAGAAUCUCCAGAAAGAACAGAAGCAUUUCUUGAACAGAAAAUAGAUAAUGACGCUUCAGUCUCUGAAGCUAUGGAUUCUAGUAUGGAAAUUCACACAAUGUCUAACACACCUGAUUAAAAUACUAUGUUCUAAGUUCCACCCUAACAAAGCACAUUAAUCAAUGCAUUUUUAAAUUUGUUGCUUCGUUAAUAGUCUUCAGUACAGGUAUAUCAGCCUUUUAAUUUUCCUGACCUUUUGGAAAUCUGAUCAAAACAGUUUCUGAAAGAGGCUAUAUGAUUGUCCAUUGUUUCAAAGGAAGCUGGGUAUUUUUCACUCUUGAAGAUGCUUAAAGUAUUCUGGGUGUCCAGAGGUGGAAGUAGGCUAAAAUUGUUCUUUACUGGCUGAUCUGGCAAGACACAAAUUCCAUCAGGGAAGGAUAUUAAAAUAAGACAAGCAGCCCUGCUGGAUACACUAAGAGGGUAUAUUUUCUGUCAUUGUGCUUCCUAACUUCCAUUCCUAAUAAUGGGGGUUAUGCAGCACUAUGGGGAAAGAUUGUUUUCUCAUGAGUCCCCUCCAGGUGUCAAAGAAACGUCUUUAGUUUUUGAAAUAGCUAUUUUUUGGUAGCUUGCAAUUUUAUAUAUGUGUGUAUAUAUAUAACAAACUUAUCUAAAUAACAAACACUUUCACUUUUCCUAUUCUGGUUGGAGUGAAUGUAAGAGUAUGUCAAAGUUAAUAUAAUGUACAAGGCUUUCUACUCUUAAGUCUCAUCUCUACCUAGGAUUUAGGACUUUUCUGGGAUAUUUUUUCUUUUUUUAAGAAGAAAGUUACUUGGUAUUCAUUUUAUUAAAAUAUUACUUUGUGUCCAAAAGUGAGCAAAGUGAAUAACCUUGUUUAAGUAUCCUUGCUUUAUAGCAGAUAGGUAAACCAAAUGCCAUGAAUCUAUUAAUUAACUAUUAUUAUUAAACUAUUGAAUUGUUUGGGUUUUUGUUAGUUGUCUGGAGUACAGGCUGGACAACCUGUGGUGCUGACCUUUUUUAUAGAGCUUGUAUUGUUAUACUAGGAAACCCAAGAGUAGCAUUGUGAUUUUAAAUGUGUUUUUACUCACUUCAGAAUCUACCUUCAUUUCGUACUGUAGAAACAUACCAGGUAACUAAAUCUAACUUAAUUGUUCUAAAUGGUUAGCUAAUACUAGUCGGAAAGGGAUGUUGUAGUUUAAGCUACAGUACUUCCAAGCAGUAUUUUAUCUUUUCCCAGAGAGCUGUUUCAGGUGCAUAGUAACUUCCUACUUACAGUUCCAAGUGACCUCUCAGCACUUGGAAUUUGUUCUUUUUUCUUUUUUGUAAAAAUACUAUAUGGAAAUUGCAAGCAAUAUGUCUGUUGUUAUAUAUGUGAGUAUUACAGAGUCACUAUGGCUUCCCCAUUAUUUCAGUGGUUAAUGAGACCACUAAUAACAAAAACUUUAAAAAUACUCUAAAUUGUUUUGUAUUACCAAAUGUGUUUUUGUUAUUUGGUUCUUAUGUGGUGCUAUCUUUACCUUUAUCAACUUAGGUCAGUAUAGUAUAGUAAAUGUGAAACCUAAUGGUAACAGUGAAACAAAAGCAAAAUCUGUUCAAUGAGAUGAUAGGUUUGAAAGAGACUUCAAAAGCAUGACUGGCAAACAUUACUGUAUAAAAUUCUACUUGAUCGGCAGAAUUAAGGAAGUACAGUUCUGUUAAUCAUGUUUUAAAAAAUACAAAAGAAUGAAGCUUUAUGUACAUUUGGGCCUAUAUUUUUUAUUGAGAUUAAUUUCGCAAUGAUUGCUAAUGUUCUUAUGAUUAUGCUAUUAAACUUUUAAAAUGCUCAUUUUUAGAUUGCAGGAAAGCAAAAAAGGUAAGUUUGCUGGCUUGUAAUGCUUUUUGGGCUCCUAUAACUCAAAUAACUUUGUGUGGGAUUUUAAAAUAUUUUUCAGGCCCUUAGUCCACAAGUCCGAGGUGUGUUUGUGCAGUAACUUUUAAAAUACACUAUCUCUUAAUAUUGUGUCAUUACGCAAUAAGGAUUAAUGUUACUAAAUACAGACAUACACUAUAAACCCCAGCUGCUCUGUAGGAGCAGUUUUAGUUAAAUUGGGUACAUAAUCUGCCUUUUCCUCCUAAAACUGCCUAAAUAAGGGAUUUGUUCCUCCCUGAAGCAACAGAAGAACUCCUGUUUCCAUUAAUGGAAACAGUUGUGUGCAUCAAGGAGAGGCUAGAUCGCUACGUUUACCAUUUAAACAUGUGUUGGUGUUUCAGUUAAAUGCUUUUUUUCUUACAUAAAUGUUUUUUUGUAAAUGCAAACAAUUGUGUUUUGAUAAAAUUAAGUUUGAGACACAUAGAAAAACCAAGAAAUGUAGAGUUAAGCUUGACCCUUUAUCUUAAACUUGUAUUGUGGUGCCUUUGGGUUGGCUUAUUUCCAUAGUAGUGUGAGUUGAGGGGAGUAGGGAAAGGGCUGUUAACUUUGUAUUUCUUGACCUUUGUCAGUGUGUCACAGUCUAAGCAUUAUUUAAAUAUAGUUCUUUGUAUCUAUACAUUUAUUAAACUGGUUUGAUUUUACCAAAGAGUGACUUAUCCAAAAUUGUCUCUGACAAAAAUAUACAUCACUUUGAUUGUACAGGUUCAGGUUCAAAACAUUGUAAUGGGACUGUUAAGGGGCAGGAAAUCACUUUUUCUACAAUAUCAUGAUUCAACAGUUUGCAAGUUCCACUUGCUCCUAUUCAUUUUGGAAUAACAUUUACCCUUUCCACUGCUAGCAGUGUUAAGAAUAAUCAAGCCAUAACACAGUACUGUAAGGUCCAGCAGUGCUUCAAAGGAUGCAUACAUGUAGGCAAGCAUAGAGCAUCUUUGAAUAUUACAUUUAAACUUAUAAAGUGUGUGAAUCUAGUAGAAAAUGAACUUCAGAUCUGGCAGCAGCAAUUAAAUUGUGCCUUGUCACAUGAUGGUUUGCCAGGAUUAACAUUACCGUGAAACAUAAAACAUUAUCCACUUGAAGUUCAUUUCACAAAUUCACCAAGACAAAGUAUCUUGUGUAGUUAUUUUAAGCAGACUUUGAAAGUACUGUACAGUACCUAUUUCUGUACGGUUUUAAGUGAGUGCAGAACUUACACAUUUCAUUUACAAUAAAUGCACAAGUCAAAAAAAUAAAUGAUGUGAAGAAAUAUUUGGCAGUAAAAUACAUCAUGAAACCAUAUAAGGCUGGUUCAUAAUUGAGUCUCUUCUUGAUCUAUCUUUUGAAUUACGUAGACAAAUGUGAAAACAGUGACAGUGUCCUUUCCUCUAGAUGUUUAGCCUAUUAUUAUAAACUGUGAAAACAAAGAAUUUUAUACUUUUGCUAAUGAUUGUGGUUUGUUUCAAACAGUUAUUUUAGUUUUCCUAAUCAGUUAUCUUCCAUAUAAUUUCUAUUAAAGUUGUAAAUACAUUUAGAAAAUAGGUUUGUAAAUACCUUAGUGUCUCA